CGCCAGCCGCGAGCUCCUAGGCAUCCCUCCGCGCCCCGCCCGCCAUGUCCCGCCGCUGCGCGCUGCUCACCUGGGCCCUCCUCGCUCUCCUCGGCCUCGGCCUCGGGGCGCCUGGAGAAGAAGCCCCAGGUUCCUGCUGCCCCAUAGUGCCCCGGAGGGAAUGGAAGGCCCCCGCGUCCAAGUGCGGGGAGAAGCUACAACACCCCGUGCGCUACGUGGUGGUGUCGCACACCGCGGGCAGCCACUGCGACAGCCCGGCCUCGUGCCUGAAGCAGGUGCAGAACCUGCAUACCUACCAUUCGAGGACGCUGAACUGGUGUGACGUGGGCUACAACUUCCUGAUUGGAGAAGAUGGGCUCGUGUAUGAGGGCCGGGGCUGGGACAUCAAGGGCGACCACACGGGUGUCACCUGGAACCCCAUGUCCAUUGGCAUCUCCUUCAUGGGUAACUAUAUGGAGCGGUCACCCCCACCCCGGGCCCUCAGGGCCGCCCAGAGUCUGCUGGCUUGCGGUGUGGCUCAGGGAGCCCUGAGCCCCACAUACGAGGUCAAAGGACACCGGGAUGUGCAGCGGACGCUCUCUCCAGGGGACCAACUCUAUGAAAUCAUCCGGACUUGGCCGCACUACCACGAGUGAGGCCCCGUCUCCCCCUACACCCAGAAACCCCACCGCCUCUCCCCUCCAAUAAAGAUGCAGCUCAAACUGUG